AUGAGUUUGUGUCUGGUGGGACUCUUUAUGAAAUCUUGGUUUGAGGUUGAGAAUGGCUACAGAGUCGCCCCCAAACUCUUAUCAUUACCUCCCGUGACGUCAAGCUUGACAACAUUCUCUUUGAUGAAAUUUUAUCUCAUUUUUGGAGCGUCUAGGCGUGUCUCUACAAACAGUGAACAGCGCGCAACUUUGGUCCAAGGCUCACUGGGUUAUAUGGAUCCAGAGUAUGUGCAUACAAGCCCAUUCACUGAAAAGAGUGACGCGUAUAGAUUCGGUGUGGUGGAGAGACCCCAGAUUUGA